AUGCAAGACCAGGGGCUUUCGUUACACACUGACCCUGAUAGCCCCACGCGAGUGGGCAACAGCGUUAGUGUGGAUACGUCUCCAGAUCUCACCCUCUCCAAGAACGUCCGCGGCCUCGAAUGGCACAAUUCAGAGCUAAAUUUUGGGAGCGACCACUACAUACUGGUACCCCUCCUCAAAGAAGGCCUUAAAACGCGCAGGGCACGCGCGCCAGCCACCGUCGAAUGGGACCAGUUUAGAACAAUCAGAUCCAACCAGGAAGGGAAGCCCAUUUGCGACAUCGGGGAAUGGGCGGAACAGCUAAAAUCGAACGUCGGGGAGGCUACCAAAAACUUAGAAGGUGAAGACGCCUCCGAGAUUGCCGAUAGCCGCCUCCUGCAUAUGUGGGAGGCUAAGCAAAGCAUGGAAAGACGUCUAAGGACACAAAAAUGGAACCGCACCCUCCGGAGAAGGUUAGCGCGACACAACAAGGAAAUUGAGGAUUACUCCUUUAAAUUAUGCGAACAAAAUUGGGGCAACAAGUGCGACCAGAUGGAAGGCGAGAUGAACCUCGCUAGAACUUGGGGUAUGCUCCGCCAUUUGCUCGACCCGGAAAAUUCGAAAACCCAAUCGGGAAUCAGACUCGCCAAAGCUCGACAGGCUUUUGAUGGCGGCGACGACGAUUUCAUGCAGAAACUAAUAGAAAACUACGUAGAAAAAUACAACAUAUACAAAAGAUUCCUCUCGAUCAUUUUCCAACGCAUGCAACAGUUUCUUUUGAGAGGUAAAUGUUUCAACAAACCCAGAAAAGGACAGACGCCCCAUAAAGAACACUACAUUUCUCGUACCGAAUCUAUAUUUUAUCAGAAGCAGUAG